AUGAUUACGAACGAUCCCCAGAACUAUUGUUUUGUAAGUGCUCAUAACUAUAAUGAUGUGAUGUCAUUAUUCAAGAAAGAGGAAUUAUUUCUGAAGAGACGUUCGUCUGGCGAAUUUCGGCAACAUCUGCAGGAUUCUUCCAACCACUUCUCGGCCCAGGCUCUGUUGUCAAAUGAGACGCAUAUAAAUAUGGACGAACAAGAUGGAGCUGCACUUAUUAUUGAGAUCACUGAAUUUCUGCCAGAUUUUAUUUUGCGCAGUCACUCUUCAUUUGAGCAACGAAUCUGUCCUAAAUUGGAUAGGAUUACCGUGGCUUACCCCGAAUAUACUGAGAGGUUCCUACCUGAAAUAUAUUUUGUAUUCAGCUGUGGUUUGUUGAGUUCGUUCGAUGGAGGCGAACUUUUGAAAAUGCUCACACAACUCCGAAUGGUCUGUGCUUACCUCCUCGUGAAUUCAGAUGCUGGAGCUGCACAUAUUUUACCUUUCAUUGUCCGCUUAGAAAGCACAGCCGCUCCACCAGCUAUCGGAACUUCAUCCUCACCUACAUCCACUGUGUCCACACAAAGUGGUUCACUGCCGCCAUUGGUUCAAGCGACUGGCUGGAUUUUGCCACUCAUCACUAAAGUUGAAUUCUGCUGA